AUGUUUGCUCUCCCCAGUAAGAACAUCAUCUGCGGCCAAGAAAAAGCCACACCUCGUAUUCGCUGCAUUAGCCCCCAUCUCUGCGUUCUGGCUGCUUCCAAUGCUGCGCCCGCUCCCACCGCCGCCACUGCCACUGCUGCUGCUGAUGCUGCUGAUGCUGCUCCCGCCGCCACUACCGCCGCCACCACCGCCGCUCCUCUCCCGCUCCCGGUCCCGGUCCCUGUUCCCGCUCCCACUCCCACUCCCACUCCAGUUGCCGCAACUCGGGGGCAAGCCAGGAGGCCCCCCUGCCGCUAUUGCGGGCGGCGGGGUCACCGGUCCGAGAUCUGUUGGCACCAGCCCAACACCAUAACGGUGUUGUCAGGGGGCUCGGCCCUAUGGCCCCCGGGGACGAAAGUUCUGCUGGCUCCCGGAACCGACCCUGUGGUGUUGGUCCAGGGGCGGCCGAAGAAGGACAAGAAGAAGAAGAACAAGAAGAAGGGCACUGGGGGCGGAGGGUGCCAGGAGAGGAGGGACUUGGGUCGGGGGCCCGAGCCAGGAGGUGGGGGGAGCAGUGGUGCUCCUCCCACCGGCACUUCAAUGCAGGGCGUGAGGGCGUGA